AUGACUGUCUAUCUAUCUCUUCCAGUUUGUUCUCAUCUAUCUAUCUCUUCCAUCUAUCUAUCUAUCUAUCUCUUCCAGUUUGUUCUCAUCUAUCUAUCUAUCUAUCUCUUCCAUCUAUCUAUCUAUCUCUUCCAGUUUGUUCUCAUCUAUCUAUCUAUCUCUUUCAGUUUGUUCUCAUCUAUCUAUCUAUCUCUUCCAUCUAUCUAUCUAUCUAUCUAUCUCUCUCUUCCAGUUUGUUCUCAUCUAUCUAUCUAUCUAUCUCUUCCAUCUAUCUAUCUAUCUAUCUAUCUUCCAUCUAUCUAUCUAUCUAAUCUCUUUUCCAUCUAUCUAUCUAUCUAUCUAUCUCUUUUCUAUCUAUCUAUCUCUUCCAGUUUCUAUCAUCUAUCUAUCUAUCUAUCUAUUUCCAUCUAUCUAUCUAUCUAUCUAUCUCUCUCUUCCAGUUUGUUCUUUAUCUAUCUAUCUUUUCAGUUUGUUCUUCUUCUAUCAUCUAUCUCUUCCAUCUAUCUAUCUAUCUAUCUAAGGGUGAAUUCAUCUAUCUAUCUCUUCCAGUUUGUUCUCAUCUAUCUAUCUCUUCCAGUUUGUUCUCAUCUAUCUAUCUAUCUAUCUCUUCCAGUUUGUUCUCAUCUAUCUAUCCAGUUUGUUCUCAUCUAUCUAUCUCUUUUCUCAUCUAUCUAUAUCUAUCUCAGUUUGUUAUCAUCUAUCUAUCUAUUUAUCUAUCUCAGUUUGUUAUCAUCUAUCUAUUUAUCUAUCUCAGAUUGA